AUGGAUGUAGAUGUCAUGCCUGAUGGAACCACAUAUUUCUCAAAGUUUUAUGUAUGUUUCAAGGGAUUGAAGGAUGGAUGGAUUGAAGGUUGUAGGAGGGUAAUUAGACUAGAUGGUUGCUUCCUAAAUGGCAUAUGCAGAGGUCAGUUGCUCUCUGCUAUAAGUAGAGAUGCAAAUAACCAUAUAUAUCCCAUUGCUUGGGCUGUUGUAUCAGUGGAAAGUAAAGAAACAUGGAAGUGGUUUAUUGACCUUCUAAUUGAGGACCUUGGAAUGGGAGUUGGGCAUGGACUAACCUUGAUAUCAGACCAACACAAAGGAUUACUUGAGGCUGUGAAGGAAAGGGUCCCAGCAGCAGAGCAUAGGCAAUGUGCUAGGCAAAUAUGUGCUAACUUCAUGAAAAGGUUUAAGGGCCAAAUGUUUAGAAAGCUUUUCUGGUAUGCUGCUGCAGCUACUACCCCUGCAAAAUUUGAACAACACAUGAAUGAAAUCAAGAAAUUAGAGCCACUAGCUUAUGACAAUUUGAUGGAAAGGGACCCUAAAACUUGGAUUUUCAGGAAGAGACCACUAAUCACCAUGUUAGAAGAAAUUCGAAUUUAUGUGAUAGAGAGGCUUUAUAGACAGAAGAUUAAGGGGCAAUCUUGGGAUUUAACCAUAUGUCCUACCAUUAGGCUGAAGUUGUCCAAGCUUAAGGAUCUUCAAAGAUCUGUUUGA